GUGGGCUGUGGAAUUUCUAAACAUCCCCUCAUAUCCUGAGAAAGAGGGAGAAGGCAGAGAGUGAAGGGAAAAGAGAAAGAAAAACAAGAAACUCAGGGGAAAAAGACCAAAUUGAAAACAGACACACGCACACACACACUCCUCUCCCUCCCUCUCUCACACUCCCUGCCUGCCUGCCUGCCUCCCUCCCUCCCUCCCUCUCACACACCCUCUCUCACUCAGAGAGACCAAUCAAAGGGACCUCUCCGGCCUUUCCCCCCAAGUUGUAGGAGACAGAGCUUGCUUCCUCACUCAGACUUGUGUCAGUUUCUUGCUGCUGCCACUUCUGCCUGAGACCUGAGUGCCCUGCACCCAGCCAUCCUCCUCGCCUGGCAGGAGAAAACUUUGUAAGCAGAGUGGACAAGGAGGGCCGAGCCUUCCUUUGCCUCCUAACUCCUUGAACUCAGCCCCUUCGGGGUCGAGCAUCCAGAGAGAGCACAAUCUAGGCAGGCCCUCUGAGCCUGGAGUUUCUCCCAAGGAUGCUCUAGAACUGUCUCCGUCCCUGCUGCUGCUGGUCCUUGGGGCCCGCUGCUCUCCCUGUGCCCCAUUGCCCACUCCUGCUGCCUGGAGGCCCCUCCACUGGGGCCAAGGGAGGGGAGCUUGGAGGCAGGCGGGGAAGAGGCAUCUGGGGGCUGCGUGAAAGUAGGGUGUUUGUGAGCAGGCACUGAACGAGGCGAAGGCAAGAGAAUCCUGUAAGGCAAUAAGGACAGAAAGGCAGGGACGGGACUCAGCUGGGCCCCAGUGUGAGAGCCAGUGCUGCCUUCAGGUCUGAAGAUGCUUCCUGUUCUCUCAACUUGGUUGUGGCUGGUGCUAUUGCUCGAGGUCGAGGCACUGAAGAUAACCCCCCAUGGCUCAGAGUUUGUUCUCAACAUCUCCAGCACCUUUGUCCUGACUUGCACAGGGGAUGCCCCGGUGGUCUGGGAAAAGACUCCCCAGCAGACCCCACCACCUGUUUUUGAGGCCCAAGAUGGCACCUUCUCCAGCAUCUUGACCAUCACCAACGUCACUGGUCUUGACACAGGAGAAUACAUAUGUUCCUACAAUGGUUCCCAAGGCCUGGAGUUUGGUGGGCAGAAGCGGGUCUACAUCUUUGUGCCAGACUCCUCUGUGGGUUUCCUCCCUGUGGAUCCUGAAGAGUUGUUCAUCUUCUUCACGGGAGACAGUGAGACCACAAUCCCAUGUAGAGUGACUGACCCCAAACUGGUGGUGACGUUGCAUGAGAAGAAGGUGGACGUGUCCCUGCCUGUUGCCUAUGACCACCAGCGUGGAUUCACUGGCCCCUUUGAGGACAAGACCUACAUCUGCAAAACCAUCAUUGAUGAGAGGGAGGUAGACUCUGACGCUUAUUAUGUCUACCGCAUCCAAGUGUCAUCCAUCAAUGUCUCUGUGAAUGCAGUUCAGAGUGUGGUGCGGAAGGGUGAGAACAUCACUGUGCUCUGCAUUGUGAAGGGUAAUGAAGUGGUGAACUUUGACUGGACUUACCCUCGAAUGGAGAGUAAGCGGCUGGUGGAGCCAGUGACAGAUUUCCUGUCGGGCUUAGAGUAUGACAUCCGCUCCAUCCUGCAUAUCCCCAGUGCCGAGCUGGGAGAUUCCGGUACCUAUGUCUGCAAUGUCUCAGAGAGCUACAAUGGCCACAGGGACAUGAAAGGAGUCAACGUCACAGUGGUGGACAAAGGGUUUGUGAGAUUUCUGGGGGAGUUGGAUGAGCUGGAGUUUGCUGAACUGCACAAGAGUCGAACCCUGCAGAUGUUCAUCGAAGCAUACCCUGCACCCACCAUUGUGUGGCUCAAGGACAACCAGACUUUGGGCUCUGGAACUGCCAGUGAGAUCUCUAUCUCCACCAGGAAUUUGUCUGAGACGAGAUAUGUGUCAGAGCUGACCUUAGUACGAGUAAAGGUGAAUGAAGGCGGUUAUUAUACCCUCAGAGCCUUCCAUGAUGAUGCUGCUGACUCAUUCUCCUUCCAGUUGCAGAUCAAUGUUCCCGCUAAGGUGAUGGAUCUGAGUGAGAGCCACCCCAGCAGUGGGGAGCAACUCCUCACUUGCCGAAGUCAGGGGAUGCCACAGCCUGUCCUUAACUGGUUCAGUUGCAGUGAUUUUAAGAGGUGUCCCCGUGAUGUUCUGCCUACCCCACUGGGGAACAGCUCCAAGGAGGAAACUCAAUUGGAAACCAAUGUGACCUACUGGGAGCAAGAGAAAUUGUUUGAGGUAGUCAGCAUCCUGCGCUUACAACGUGUGGACCAGCCCCUCUCUGUCAUCUGUGACGUGUACAACCUCUUGGGGAGAGACAGCAAGGAAGUCACCAUUGUUCCACACUCCCUGCCCUUCAAGGUGGUUGUGAUUUCAGCCAUCCUGGCCUUAGUGGUCCUCACAAUCAUCUCCAUGAUCAUCCUUGUAAUUCUGUGGCAGAAGAAACCCCGCUAUGAGAUCCGCUGGAAGGUGAUUGAAUCUGUGAGCUCGGAUGGUCAUGAAUACAUCUAUGUGGAUCCCAUGCAACUGCCCUAUGACUCCAGCUGGGAACUGCCCCGAGAGCGACUUGUGCUCGGUCGUACACUUGGUUCUGGAGCCUUUGGGCAAGUAGUGGAGGCCACAGCCCAUGGACUAAGCCACUCCCAGGCCACAAUGAAAGUGGCUGUCAAGAUGCUAAAAUCCACCGCCCGGAGCAGUGAGAAGCAGGCCCUUAUGUCCGAAUUGAAGAUCAUGAGCCACCUGGGGCCCCACCUGAACAUUGUCAACCUGCUGGGGGCGUGCACUAAAGGAGGCCCCAUCUACAUCAUCACAGAAUACUGCCGUUAUGGAGAUCUCGUGGACUAUCUACAUCGAACCAAGCACACGUUCCUGCAGCAUUGUCCUGAGAAAGGAGGGUCUUACCAGUCCUCAGAGGUCCUGGACCCUCCUGACCAUCAGCUGCACAGACAAACAUCAUUAUCGGGGGAGAGCGAUGGAGGCUACAUGGACAUGAGGAAGGAUGACUGUGUGGACUAUGUCCCGAUGCUGGGCAUGAAGGGGGAGAUCAUGUAUGUGGAUAUUGAAUCCUCCAACUACAGCUCGCCCUAUGAUAGCUUCGCACCGUCUGUUCCUGAGAGAUCCUACAGAGCCACCCUGAUCAACGAUUCCCCUAUCCUCAGUUACAUGGACCUGGUGGGCUUCAGUUACCAGGUGGCCAAUGGCAUGGAGUUCCUGGCUUCCAAGAAUUGUGUCCAUCGAGACCUGGCAGCCAGGAAUGUGCUCAUCUGUGAGGGUAAACUUGUCAAGAUCUGUGACUUUGGCCUGGCCCGGGACAUCAUGCGUGACUCCAACUACAUCUCCAAAGGCAGUACUUUCCUGCCCUUGAAGUGGAUGGCUCCAGAAAGCAUCUUCAACAGCCUAUACACCACUCUGAGUGAUGUGUGGUCCUUCGGCAUCCUCCUCUGGGAGAUCUUCACCCUGGGUGGCACCCCUUAUCCAGAGUUGCCCAUGAAUGAGCAGUUCUACAAUGCCAUCAAGCGUGGCUACCGCAUGGCCAAGCCCACUCAUGCCUCCGAAGAGAUCUAUGAAAUCAUGCAGAAGUGUUGGGAGGAGAAAUUUGAAAUUCGACCCUCCUUCUCUCAGUUGGUCAUUCUGAUGGAGGGCCUUCUGGGGGAGGGCUACAAGAAGAAGUACCAGCAAGUCGAUGAAGAAUUUCUGAGAAGCGACCACCCAGCCAUUCUGCGCACCCGAGCCCAGCUCCCUACAUUUGGUGGCCCGAGGGGCCCCCUUGACACCAGCUCAGUCCUCUACACCGCCGUGCAGCAGAAUGAAGGGGACAAUGACUACAUCAUCCCCCUGCCAGAUCCUAAGCCUGAAGGACCCGAGGCAGCCCCAUUGGAGAGUUCCCACAGUCUCGCCAGCUCUACCCUGAAUGAAGUCAACACGUCAUCCACCAUCUCCUGUGAUAGUCCCCUGGAGCUUCAAGAAGAACUAGAGCCGGAGCCAGAGGAGCCAGAGCUGGAGCGGAAGCCAGAGCCACAGCUGGAGCCCGAGCCAGAGCCCAGCCCCGGCCUGGGGCAGCAGGAGGUGGAGGAUAGCUUCCUGUAGCUGGGCCCACCCAGGAGAAGAGCAGGCACUCCCACCCCUGUCUCUGAUCUACGGACUCUCCUUUAUUCUCCUUCCCAGAUGAAUGCUGGUAUCCCUAUUGGGCAAGGAAAGGAGAUGAUGGCCGGGCCUUUUCAUUAUAGGAUCAAUGAUUUCUAGCCUAACUGUGGCAGGGACUGAUCUGCCUCCAUGAGGAGCCCCCUGGGCUCUUUCCCAGCCAAGAGUUUUCCCUUAGGAAGACAAGGCAAGGGGCAUUUUGCAGAGACUCUGGCAUUGAAUGUAGCUGCUUGGUCCCCUGCCCCUCCCUAUUUCAACACCCUCAGUUUCUGUCUGAGACUGUGAUUCCCUGGGUAAAUUAGGGGAUUUUUUAAUCCUGUUAAGGGAGCAGGGGAGGGGCACUAGUGAAUGCUACUCAGUGUUGGAACAAAGGCCUUAGAAUAUAGAGGAAGGUGCGGGCAUCCACAGGCUGAGGAGAUUGUCCCUCCUAACCACACCAGCCUCUGGCUUUCAGACUUACCUAGCAAUGGAGCUGUAUAUUGGCCAUGCCUUGACUAGGUUCCUAGCAACUGUGCCUUCUGCCUGAGUCACUGGGUGGCUGAGGUCUCUGCCUGCCUCUUGGGGAGAAGAAAAUUGUGGAAAGGGAGGAGGAGGAGGGGUCCUCCAGACUUUGGUGGAAGCAAGAGGGGCAGAGGACAUGGGAUUUUUGUAUGAACGUCAUUCUGUGAACUCCUUGGCUCAACUCCAAAGGAUCAGGUCAUCUUCAGGGUCUCAACUUUCCUGGAGGCUUGGUCAGAAAUUUCUCCUCCCUGAAAGAGAAGAAAGGUACAUUAGAAACAUACAAUCAGCCUUGAACUCCUGCCCUCAAAUCCUCCUGCCUCCGUGCCAGCUGGACUGGCCACUGCCUUUUAUGUUUUUCCUUUGACAUUUGGCUGAGGGUCUAUAGAAGGGGGUUGUCUUCCUACUCUUUGGGCUUCUCUUGUUUCUUCUGAUGACCCUAGUCCAUCCCUGUCCAACCCUAGCCCUCCACCAUCACCAUGGGAUGGUGAUCCAAAGCAGGAUCGAGGGGUGGAAAUUUCAGGAAAGAAGAUGUGAGCUCAAUUCAAGAAAGACUUAAUGAUCAGAACUGUCUCACAGUAGACAAUGUCUCCCCUCAGAGGUCCUUAUCUCCUGAUCACUGCAGAUAAACUGGAAGACCAGCCAAUAGAAAAGCUGUAAAGAGGACCUCUGUAGGGGAUGGGAGGUUGGAUUUCUGAAGUCCUUGCCAGUUCUCAGAUUUGGCAGUUUCCUUUAUCACUGAGCUAAGGGGUCCUUAGCAAAGCCAACUUUGUGAGGCUGUUCUCUCCUCCAUCCAGUUAGGAGUUGGGGAAAACCUUGGGUUCUGGGAAGUCAAGAUGGGAAUGCCUGCUUAAAGGUUACAACACCCCCCUGGUGCUUACUAUCUGGUUUAUCUUGGGUAAGUCACUUAGCUUCCUGGUGCCUCAGUUUCCUCCACUGUACAAUGGCCUCUGAGGACUGAUCCAGCUCUCAUGCAAGAUGAUGUUGAAUGAUUCCCCCCCCAUCCACAUCUGCUCCAGAUCCUUGGACAGAGAUAGAGCCUCUCAUCCAGUGAGGUAGCUCCCUCUUCACCUGCCCCUAGUUCUUCUGCCCAUGUAACUGGGUGAUGUCCUCCAUUGUCUCUAUCCUCUCACAGGGAAUAGAGGUUACAUUUGAGGUUGAAGUUAGGAACUACUGUCUUUUGUGGCUUUUUUCCUAACAUCCUACGCCUUCCUUUAGCCACUAAGAACAGACUGUGACUUCCCCAUCUCUCAGGCCAGCUGGGGGUCCUGAGCUUGGAAAGUACCAAUACCAUGAAAACAAAAGAUGGGGGGCAUGCCCUCUACCUGGCCCUUUUGAGGGCAUUUGACAGAUAAGCACAUGCUCUCUCCUAUAGCCAGGAUGGUUUAACUUCAUCCAGCCUUAUUAUGGAGAGAUAGAACAUUACCAGAAAGUAGGGCUCGGGGAAAUCCAUGAUUGUGUCUGCUUCUGUGCCUUCUGGAGUCUGCUCUUUGGCUAACCUGUCCUGGCCAAGGCUUCUCUUGGGACUGCAAAAUUGGAAAUAUGUUUCAAGAUCAUCUGACUGCCCUGUUCUGGACCCUUUCCUCCCCUCCUCCAUUAACCUGCUCAGGAGGAUUAUGUGUCCAGAGAUCCUGCUUUGUCCAUUGUUUGUCUUUUAAUCUAUGAGCAGAGAGAAGCAAGAUUCAGUUUGUCCAUUCUCUCUCCUCCACCAGCCCUGUGAAUAUACUAUAUACUAUAGUAUAGUAGAAAUGCUGGGGUAAUUGGGUUAGGGUUUCCCUGGCCCUCAUGGCAAAUGCUAAAGGAUCUGACUGUGAGACAGCCUGGAGUGCCCAGAGCACUGGGCGGUGACUGGCUGACUCACUCCCUUGCCCAUGGAGCUCAGAGCUGGGCCCAGUAUUGCUUGUCUUGGACUCACAGAGAAUUCCAUUUCCUAUCCCCUCAGUUCAUCUGUGCUCCCCCUUGCUCCCACUUCCAUCCAUGCUAAAUCUCGACCAAGAGAACUUUUAAAACUAGAGUUUCCUAAAUAGAGGAUGCAUUCCCUCUGACUAGAUUGGAGUCAGGGGAGAGAUCCAAUUGCCCUCUGGAUGUGGAUCAGACAGAGGUCAGGGAGUAGGGCCAGUGACAGGUUAUGUGAGGAUGUAGAUCGCUCACUUAGCUACCUACACAUGGGCAUAUUCAUAUAGAAGUUCCCCUUCCUCCUUUUUCCAGGCUACUCCCACCCAAACCAACCUUCCAGAGGAGCCCCUUCAGAUGCUCAGCAGCCCUGAGCAAACCCACUCAGAGUUUAUCAGUUCUAUACCUGGGCCCCUGCAGGGAAACUCGACUUUGUGUCAAUUUGUAUUUAAGACACGAUGAGAAUCAUGGUUGGGAGGGAAAGAAAUCGGAGGCCAUCAAGGUACCAAAGAUAUCAUCACUGCUAGCUUACAGGUGUAUACUUAAGACUCACAAUAACUCACAUUUAAACAACCGAGAUACUAUUUUUUACACACUCAACUUUACAUAUCUGUAUAUAUUUUUUUUAAAGGAAAGGUUUUAAUAUUAAACAUGGUGCUCUGGAUCCUCUGAUUUGGCUGUUUCUUGCUGGGCCCUGCCUUGAAGGUUUUUUUUGGCAGUUGUGGAAGAGAAAGGGAAGAAAAGAAAAAAAAAAAAAAAAGCAUGUGUUAAGUGCCCACUAUAUUUCAGUCACUGCAUUAAACAUUUUAUAAAUAUUAUCUCAUUUUGCUCUCAUUCAACAACCCAGGGAAGUAGGUGCUAUUAUUAUUCCCAUUUUACAUUUGAGAAAACUGAGGCAGACAGAAGUCAAGUGACUUAUCAAAGAUCAUACAACGAAUAACUAUAUUGAGGAAGAGUUUGACCUUAGGCCUUCCUAACUUCAGGUUCUACACUCUGUCCACUCUGCUCUAUCUAAGAGCCACUUUGCUUUCAGGAAUGCUGCCUCCUGAAAAUACAGUAGGACAUCUCGAAGGCACUGUGUCCAUUAAGUCCUCUGGAGACAGACUAAGCUGUUUCUUCCCCAUCAGAACCCUUUAGGCCCUCCUUUCCUCCCACCAAUAACAUCAAUUGGCAGACUAUCUACCAGGCAUCGGCUCCUGUAUGGAUUGUACCAGUACUGGGCAAGGAGGCUGAAGAACUGGGUUCUGGACCUGUUUUGCUUUUAACUUGCAAGGCAAACUUGGGCAAGUCCCAUCUCCUCUCUGAACAUCAGUUUUCUCACUUCUCAAAGAGAGACUAUAAUUUAGGAAUGCUCUGAGGUCAGAUCAAAAAAAUUUCUCACACAGGUGAGAAGUACAGAUGAUAAAAAUGCACAACUCUCAGGAUUCCAGAACUUAGUGUAGUAAAGGUAGAAGGGGCCCCAGACCAUAGAACAUGAGAGCUGGAAGGAGCCUUAAAGCAUUGGUUCCCAAUCCAUGAGCUAUACACCCUUAGGGGACAUGUAGUUAUUUCUGUAAGGGAUCUAUACCUAUACAAAUAUUUUCUUAAAGUACAAGUAUUAUCAUUUUUGACAUCAGUAAAGGGUUCUCAUACUUCAAAAAGCCAGGAACCAUAAUCUCAGAACAUGGAUGAAAGCGCUAGGGAGAAAAAACCAUCCAAAACACUUUAAGGCAAAAGUCUGAAUUCCAUCAAUAAACUUCUAUUAAGUGCCUGCUAUGGGCCAAUACUGGGCUAGAUGCUGGAAGCACAAAAGACAAAUGUGAAAUAUUUCCUACCUUCAUGUAUAUUAUGUUUCGUUGGGGGCUAUAUUAUAAACAUAUGCUAGUAUAUGCAAAAUAUAUACUCAAAUAAAUAUAAAGUAAUUAUAAAACUUGUGGGGUAGGGUAGAUAGGUCAGGAAAGGCUUUAUGGAGAAAGUGUCACUUAAGCCGAGUUGAAGGCAAUCACAGAUUCAAACAAGCAGAGGUAAAGAUGUUCUGCACUCCAAGGAUGGAAAUAGUCUGUGAAAAGCACAGAGGAAGGAGUAUCAGGGGUGAGGAUGAGAGAGGAGGCCAGUUUAAAGGAACCAUAGAAUUUCAGGGCUGGUAGGUGAUAGAAUACCAGACUUGUUGUCAAGAAGAUUCAUCCAGGAAUUCAAAUCUGGCUUCAGACACUUGCAGCUGUGUGACCCUGGCAAGUCAGUUAAUCCUCAUCUUCAAUAUGAGUUGGAGGAGGAAAUGGCAAAUUAUUCCAGUAUCUUUACCAAGAAAACCCCAAAAGAAGUCACAAAGAGUUGGACAUAAUUGGACAACAACAUCAGUUUCAGGAUGGGAGUAAUAUAUGAAAAACCUUGAAAUGUAGUUUUGGGCUGGGUUAUUAGAGUCUUUAAAUGACAGAGAAGUUUAAAUUUGAUUCUAAACCCAAUAGGGAGCUAUUGCAAUUUUUUAAACCGGGAGAGUGACAUGGUCAGACUAGCACUUUAGGGAAAAUCGCUUUGGCAAUUGUAGUGGAGGAGAGGUUGGAGAAUGGAGAGACUUGAGGUAGGGAAGUCAAUUAGGAGGCCACUGCAAUGGUUCAAAUGAAAGGUGAUAGGGUGGUGACCAUGUGAGUAGAAGAAGGAAAUCUUUUACUGAGGUAGAAGCAACAUAAUUUGGCAACAGAUUGGAUGUGAAGGAUCAAGAGGGUGAAGAGUUGAGGAUAACUUCAAGGUUUUGAAGGUGUCUCCACUUCCUUACCUGGAGAUUUUUUUUUUAAAAAAGGAAAACAAUAAACAGCUGGAUUUUAGUGGAAAGACAGAGUUGGAAAACUCAGAAUAUAGAAUGUCCAAACUGAAAGGGAUCUUGGAACAGAGAAUGACAAAGUUGGAAGGGACCUUUUAUAUAAAAUAAUUAUAUGUAGUAUCAGUUAAACUUGAGAAAAUUUUACCAGUUCAAAUAUUGGAAUUAGAAGAGAACUUACAGAUCUUUUAGUACAAGUUCAUGAAUUUAAAAAAAAAUUGGUAACCAUUUCUAUAUUUCAUUUUCUUUGAAAUCUUCUGUAUUUUAUGUUAUGCAUUAAAUAUAUUAUUCAGAGAAGCUUCACCAGGGAUGAAGAGGGGUUAAAAUGGUCCAUCAUAAACAAAAAGAGUGAAGAACAAUCAAUCUACUCAAAUCUAUUCAUUUUGCCUAGGAGGAGACUAAAACUCGGUGAAGAAAUAUGAUUUGCUCAAAUUUACAAAGUAACAUUGUCUAGUGGCAGAUUCAGGACACAAACACAAGAUUCUUAGUUCAUGCUUGGCCUCGUGUGCUUUCUACCACAUGGGGCUACCUUUCUUUUUUAAUUAAAGCUUUUUAUUUUCAAAACA